AUGGCUGCAAGUGCCGCUGCGUUAGCAUUUCAAGCUAAACGAAAGAAUUUACUUAGUUUAGCACUUAAAAAAGAUCCAAUUUUACCACGUAUCAAGCAAGCCGUUUCUUUCGUUCAUGAUGGAGAACCCCCAGAAGCUCAUUCAGCUGUCGACGAAUCGCCACCAGCAGAUUCACACAUCAAUACUAUAUCACAGGCACAUAUGCCUGUCGAUGAAUCAGCAAAUACUACGAAAAUAAGUAGUAAUAAAGAUUCAAUCACUACUACAUCAUCAACAUCGAAGACAAAAUCAACAACAAUAUCAACUAAAUCACUGAUACCCGCAAAAGCUGCAACUUCUUUUUCUAUAUCGCCAAUAGUUCCACUUGUGGGCGUAGUAACAGUAAUUUUAGUCUGUGGAGCAGCCGCUGUCUUUUUGCCACCUUUUCUUUUAUCACUUCAAUAUCCAGAUUAUUCUUGUUUCCCUGGUUGUUGGAAUGGAGGUACUUGUUCGCCGCAGAAUAUUUGUACUUGCUUAUCAGGCUACUCUGGCGAUCGUUGUCAAACAACUAUUUGUAAUCAAACUUGCAUUAAUGGAGUGUGUGCAGAUCCUUAUAAAUGUACCUGUCAGGCCGGUUGGAAUGGAACUUAUUGCGAUCAACCUAUUUGCAUCCCACAAUGUGUUAAUGGUAAUUGUACUGGACCCAAUUAUUGCACCUGUAAUGUUACAUAUACUGGUUAUCUUUGUUUAACACCGGUUUGUUCUCCUUCUUGUGUUCACGGAUAUUGUACGUCUCCGGGCAAUUGUUUGUGUAACACUGGCUGGAAUGGAACAAGUUGUGAUGAACCAAUAUGUUCGCCCUCAUGUGUUAAUGGAAAUUGCACAUAUCCAAAUGUUUGCAAUUGUAGUACGGAUUGGACGGGUAGCACAUGUAGUACACCAAUUUGCUCACCUACUUGUAUGCACAAUUCGAACUGUACUGCUCCAAAUACGUGUGUUUGUUCGUCAGGUUAUAAUGGCAGCUAUUGUCAAUCUCCUAUAUGUACAUCCCCUUGUCAGAAUGGUGGUAAUUGUACUGCACCGUCAGUUUGUACGUGUCCAACAACGUUUAAUGGUUCAGUGUGUGAAUUUCCAAACUGCACACCUUCUUGUCAGAAUGGUGGUACUUGUGUUUCACCAAACAAUUGCUCUUGUGAUACCACUAAAUGGAGUGGAACAUUCUGGUUAUUUUAUUUUAUUUUAGCUGUGUGCAGUUUUAAUUGUUCAAAUGGUGGGACGUGUGGGCCAACUCCACAAACAUGUACUUGUACGUCUCAAUGGUCAGGAACACAGUGUACAACUCCUGUUUGCUCACCUACAUGUCAAAAUCAAGGAACAUGUGUGGCUCCAAAUAACUGUUCAUGCCCAAUUGGUUACAAUGGAAGCGUCUGUCAAUAUCGUACGAUUGCUUCGUUUUUAGAAAUAAUACAAAAUGAAUUAUUUUGUGUGUUUUCAGCUAUUUGCCUAACUGCCUGCGAUCAUGGAGGUUCCUGUGUAGCACCAAAUGAAUGUAAUUGCACAACCUCGUGGGCAGGACUUCUAUGCGACAUGCCAAGAUGUAAUCCAUGGUGUCAGAAUGGCGCUAUAUGCUCAAUAACUUGUAUGAAUGGUGGUACAUGUGUUGGUCCCAACAUUUGCCAAUGUGUGAAGGGCUACACUGGCGAAACCUGUGGACAACCAUUAUGUAACCCCAUCAACUAUGAUGAUUCAAUAGGCUACCUAGUACCAAAUGCAACUUGUCAAAAUGGUGGAACAUGCAUAUCGCCUUAUAACUGUUCAUGUACUGCAUCUUGGAGUGGCACCUACUGUCAAACAGCCAUCUGUAAUCCACAAUGCAUUAAUGAUGGUAACUGUACAGCACCUAACGUUUGCACAUGUAAUACAACUCAAUGGAAUGGGAGUUUGUGUGAAAUACCUGUUUGUAAUCCAUCAUGUCUUAACAACGGAAACUGUACGUCACCAGGUGUUUGUACCUGUGAUACAUCGCAAUGGAAUGGCACGAUAUGUGAAACACCUGUUUGUACUCCCAUUUGUGAAAACAACGGCAACUGUACGUCACCGGGUGUUUGUACAUGUGAUGCAACACAAUGGAAUGGCACUCGAUGUGAAACCCCAGUUUGUACUCCAAUUUGCCAAAAUAAUGGAAAUUGCACAUCACCAGGCGUUUGUACCUGCGAUACAUCACAAUGGAAUGGGACUCGAUGUGAAACACCUGUUUGUAGUUCACCUUGUCAAAAUAAUGGAAACUGUACUGCACCGGGUGUUUGUACCUGUGUUACAUCACAAUGGAAUGGUUCUGAUUGCACCACACGUAAGUAG